GACUUCAUUUCCGUUCCCGUGAAAUCUCGUGGUAUGUGUGAGUUCUCGUCAUUGCGGUGGAAAACAUGGCGGCGUGGAGACACAUGAAGUUGCCUUUUAUAUUUACGCGCGUGUUUUAUAGCGCUAAUAAACACAUGUUCCAGGUGACAGCUCGAGACCUGCAGCUCCAUCCUGCUUUAAGGAGCAGUGUUUCUUCUUCUUCUUCUUCCUCUUCUGAUGAGAGCAGGGACAUCGGGGUGACACGAGACGGCGAGACCAUCGUGUGUUUCCACCGAGCUCCAGAGAUCACCUACGAGCUGACCCAGCCCAUCCCCAGUCCAGACCCUUUGUUUAAUUCUGCAGAAACACACGAUCUGGUUCUGAAGUCUCGGCUGAAUCAGGACAUUUUAAAGAUCCAAAAGUCUCCUUCUGUAGAGGAACUUUCCAAGAUGUUCUUCACCACUAAACACCGCUGGUACCCAGUCGGACAAUUUCACACACGGCGCAGGAACCGAAACCCACCCAGAGACCGAUAGCAGUUUUACUGUGAGAUUAGAAAUGGGAUUGAUCUCAAAUCUGUGUAAAGAAAUAAAACUGUUCUACAUGAAAA